AUGGCAAAACCGGCAGCGGCAUCAGUAAUAUCUGCGGAAAAAUUGGAAAAAGUUGCAGAAGAAUUAAAACUUAAAACAUUCUAUGAUGAUUUCUUUUUAAAGAAUGAACAACCUAAAUCUGCUGAUCCCUGUAAAAUAUUCGACGCUGAAGGCAAAAAAAAAGAAAAUGAAAAAAAUAUAUGCCUAAAGCUCGUACGCCAUUUAGAGAAAAUUGGUGAUAUCAAAGAAAAGGCUACGCGCGUUGAUCAUUGUAAUUAUUUAACAUAUUGGUUUUAUGAUGAAAUAGGAAAAAUAUAUGAUUACUCGAAAAAAAAAGAAGAUAUAUCCUCUUUUAAAGAACUUAUUGGUGUAGAGAAUAAUGUUAAAGUACCACAGAGUCGAUAUGAGAAGUGUACUUUAAAAUCUGAAAAUGGAGUAAGUUUGGAUGAAUGGAAAAAAAGGAAACUGUCUUAUAUUUAUAUGAAAAAUUAUAAUGAUAUUAAAAGCAAGGUUUUUUCUCAAAAAAAAGAACAAUGUGAUAAGUACACUACAUAUCUUGAUAAUAUUAGUAAGUUAUAUAUAAAAUAUAAGACGAAUAACUGUGGUUUUUUUUGGAGUUCGAAUUAUGCGGAUUGUUCUCGUAAAUAUGACCCAAAUCCCCUCAUAACUGAAUUAGCUAAAUGUAAGACUCAAGGAUCUAAUGGUAGUCAAUCUUCAUUUCUAGGAUGGUUCUGGGGAAGUUCAUCACCUAAAACAGCUCCAAGUAAAGGUUCUCCAGGUGCUCAGGAACCAGCAAAGACUGCAGUUGUGAAAAGUUCUGGGGGGAUAGUAUCCAUAGGGGGGAAAGUUGCAGGAGCUGAACGAGCAGUUGCGAAUAAAGGGUUAUCAUCUGUAGCACCCAAACAAAGUAGAGAAGUAUUAGGUGGAUCCCAAAAUGCUGUAGUAGUAGCACCACUUGGAAAUUCGCAAGCAGGAGUUCAUAUGCCACCUGGGAGUAAAGAUAUUCAAAACGGUUCCUAUACUACAUUGCCUACAGCUUUUGUGGUUGACCCUGAUACAUCUAAUUUUUUGGAAAAAACGUUUGGUAUAUUAAAAUCAGAGUAUUUUCGUCACUCAAUAGUAGGAGCUUCAAUAAUAGGAGUACUUGUAUUCCUAUUCUUUUUCUUUAAGUCAACUCCGAUAGGAUCGCAAACAAAUAAAGGUGAAAAGAAGAAAAGAAAGCCUCAGAAUAAUUACUAUGAUGAAUAUGAAGAAGAAUUACCAAGAUAUGAGUCACAACAGUCAUUGGCGGAGUCCCAAAUGAGCGAUGCAUAUAUAUCAUAUCAACCUAGGCGUGACCGUUAUUACUAA